UUUUUAUUUUAUUUAUUUUAUUCAUUCACUACUACCCACACCAUGCCACCGUCCGAUUUAAUUUCUGUGCGCAAUUUCCGGGACAAGUUCGCCUGGUCUGCGCCGCAGCCAGAUCGACCACAACGUAUUCAACGCGCAGAGCGAGUGGACCGAAGAGGAGCGUAAGAGGGUGGAGGCGCGGUGCCAAAUUGCCGAAGAACUAAGCUUUUCCAACGCAGCAUUUGUCAACCCGACGCUUUUCCACAUGCUGCGGCAGCACCGCGAGUUCAAUGAGGCUACCGAGCGCGACUUGCUAAAGAAGAAGCGUGAAAUGGCUGCUGAGCUCGAGCGCAAGCGCCUAGAGAGGAGACAAGCUGAGGAGGCGGCCGCACGACGCAGGGAGCUUGGCCUGGAUGUCGAGGAGCCUGCUCAGGAUGUAUCACAGGAUCUAGCUGAUGGUACAGUGGUAGCAGACGCCGAUGCAACGAUGGCCGAUAGCAGCGUGAUACUAGCCAUCGACGAAGCCAUCUCAACUGAAGCUGGGGCAACAAUAGAUACCAUGGAGGCUGACAUAGCAGUAGCUGACGACGAUGCACAGGCACAGCUAGCAGCCGCGGAUGCUAGUAUUCUGACUGUCGAGCCGGCUGUUGAAGCCGCAGCCGCAGAGGCUGCUGGUUCAAUAUUGGCCGCUCAAACGGCUACUGAGACAGAGCAUAUGGAGACAGAGCCUGAAAGUGUAAGGUCCGCUGAGGUGCCAUCAGUUGGUGUCAAGGAGACAGCCGAAUAUACAGCCGCAUCAGCACCCUCAGAAGCUACUGAAGGCUGUUCUGACUCUGGUGAUUUGGUCGAGGAAGGCGCCGAGAGCACCGAAGCCGUAGAUGCGAACAAAGAUGAGGAAAAGGCAGACGAAUCGGUUGUUGCCGAGAUCCAAAAGGCAGCUUCCGAAACUAACAGUGACGCUGGCGACGAAGCAAAUGACCAAAAGGGCACUGACGCUGAGGAGGAAGCCGAGGCAGAGGCAGAGGCAGAGGCAGAGGAGGACAGUGACAGCAAAGAGGAGAACGAGAGUGAUGGUUCAUCUGAUGCGUCGUCUAGCAAGGAGCGUAGCGAAACGCCGGCUGAAGUACCUCGCCGGCCGCUAACCAGACGCCAAAGCGCUCUCCAAAAGGCACAAUUGAGCGUGAAAGACGAUGAAGAGAAAACGCCAGCGCGUAAUGGCAAGGGAAAGGCUAAGACCAAGGCUAAGACCAAGGCAAAGGAUAACAGUGAUGGCGCGGCGUCACCAGUCCGAACCCGCCGGUCCAGAAGGGGUCGUCAGGAUGUCGAGGUGAUGACAUCUGACACAGAGCUUCCCAGUGGGAUUACCAAGGAGAUGCUGAAGGAGGCGCUGGCCAAGACAGAGUUUGAGCGCAGCCAUGACGUAACUGACAGCAAGCAGCUCGCGACCAAGCGCCGGCAAUUCCAGAUACAGAGGGCAGAUCAGCCUGGUCAAGAUGGCGACGAGAACCGCGACGGCACCGAGGAGCCUACCGGUGUGUCUGAUCUGGAGGCCAAGUUUAGUACCGUCAAAAACCUACUGGAUGAGUCAACACUCGCAUCGCUGCGCAAGGUCAACCGCCGGAUGGUGCCCAACAAGUACCGUCUGGAGGUCAACUUUUUGACCAACCGCGCGCUGCCCGAUCCGGGACCCGAGGCGACGCAGGUAGCCGACGACGAGGUGAUUCUGAGUGUGUGCCUGUUCAACCCACGCACGCCGACGGCAAAGAUGGAGGAAUACCUGGUUCUUGGCUCGCAGACUCUGACAGUUCUGCGCGACGCGUUCUACUGCAUCUCUGACUUCCUGGUGUCGCAACGCGAUGAGACAAACGUCAACACCAAAGACAAAAAGGUCAGCUCAAGCUACUUUUUCAUCGAAAACACGUUCUACAACGACAUGCGGUCGCCGCUGGCCACCGACUACAGCCGCGUGAUCAUGGAGUGGGCGAACGACCCAGAGCGGCAGGAAAACAACCCGAAGCUGCAGGGACUGCAGUCACGGCUGAUGGAUGGCGCGCGGUUCCAGGACCUGUCGAUCAGGCUCAAGUAUCCGUACAUAUUCAUGCACCAGGGCGACUGCGAGCAUGUGCUGAUGUUCACAGACUUGCGGCUGCUGGGCCCGAACGACGACCAGCAUGUUGAAAGCUAUCCGAAGCAGGUGUUCCGCACGCGGCAUAUGCGGCACAAGUGCCGGAUGUGCUCGGCAUACCCGGCGCAGUAUGUAACCAAGAGCGACUUCCACAGUGGCAUGAGCCCGUGCUACUUUUGCGAAAAGUGCUACACGCCGUUCCACUUUGACCAUGACGGCAAGCUGAUGCUUGAGCACGAGGUGUUCCCGUAUGCGAAUGUAAACCUAAUGUGACAUGAGCUUGCCGCUAGGGCGCUGCCUUUUUUUAAAAUCCUAUUUUGGCAUAUUUGCUACCUUCUACCGUGCAAGAAAUGGUCUAUGCGACCUCAAACACGU